GAAAAUUUAUGAGCCCCUAUAAUUUUUCAUUUCUUUUUAAACACAUAAGGACAAUUCCGAACAACGGAUGAUGGAUAGAAGGAUACGCAUAAAAACCACGAGGUUUAAGCAGGGUUCUAACUUUAAGGCGGCUACUUCCUCUUCUGCUCUAUGAAUUCAUUUCCAUUACAAAGCCAUUUCAUUUCAUCUCCAAAUUAUUCGUUUUCAACUUACAUUCCAUCAUUCAUUUUCGUUGAGCAAUUUUUACUUAUCAAUUGAUGUCCAAUACCAAAACCUCCGUAUUCUCUGCCCAUAUCUUGAGUCUUUGUCAAAGCAACAAACCGGAGCUUCUUUUUCAAAGCCCGGAAAGUAUUUCCCCAGUUAUGUUGAGAAACGUAGCUAGACGAGUAAUUUUGAGAUCUUCUCCCCUUAAUUGUAAAAAGCCCUUUUCACGUCCUUACAGCUUUCUGGGGUUUUCUCAAGACUCAAAUUUUCGUGAAAAGUGCAAAUUUGGAUGCUUGCAGUUGGUUUCUGGCGGAACUCAUGGACUGGGUUCUCGUCCAAUUGGUGAGAUUCUUAGUAAUGAGGAUUAUUCGGGUAGGCCAUGUCUUGGAUUUUUUAAAAAUGAUAAUUGGGGUAAUGUAUUGUGUUUAAGAGGGUAUACCAGUGUAGCUGAGGCUGUUUCUUCAACUGACAUUGAAGAAGAUGUGUCAGUUGUUGACGAAAUUCAGGAGUUGUUGCAAGAAAUGAAGAAGGAAGAGCAUAAAGAGGGAGUGAACACUCAAAGUAAAAAAUUUGAGAAAGGAAUGGGGUCUACAAAGUAUCAAAAGCUUAAGCGAAGGCAAGUGAAAAUUGAAACUGAGGCGUGGGAACAAGCAGCCAAAGAAUAUAAGGAGCUUUUGAGGGAUAUGUGUGAGCAAAAACUUGCACCAAAUUUGCCAUAUAUGAAGUCACUUUUUCUGGGAUGGUUUGAACCUAUGAGGGAUGCUAUUGUUAUGGAGCAAGAGCAUUUUAGAAUAGGGAAAAAUAGGGCAGCAUAUGCACCAUAUUUUGUUCAGUUGCCAGCUGAUAUGAUGGCGGUUAUUACAAUGCAUAAGUUAAUAGGGGUUUUGAUGACUGGAGGUGAACGUGGACAAGCUCGGGUUGUGCAGGCUGCUUGCAUGAUUGGUGAUGCCAUUGAGCAGGAGGUUAGAAUUCAUAAGUUUUUGGAUAAAACAAAAAGGAAAAAAGGUAAUAAAAAUAGUAAAGCUGCAGGAGAAGAAUCUGACGCUGCUAUUACAGAACAGGAGAAGUUGAGAAAAAAGGUCACAGAUUUGAUUAAGAAACAAAAGCUUCCUGCAGUGAGGCAGAUAGUGAAGGAACAAGAUGAUUUUAAACCAUGGGCUCUUGAUGUGAAGGCUAAGGUUGGAAGCCGCCUGAUUGAAUUGCUGAUGCAAACAGCUUAUAUACAGCCUCCAGUUAAUCAGUUAGCUGAUAUCCCACCUGAUAUUCGACCUGCAUUUGUGCAUACAGUAAGAACUGUGGUAAAAGAAAACAAGGCCACUAGCAGAAGAUAUGGUGUUAUUGAAUGUGACCCUCUAGUUUUCAAAGGGCUGGAGAAAACUGCAAGAUAUAUGGUGAUACCUUAUAUGCCAAUGCUGGUGCCUCCAGUCAAAUGGACAGGUUAUGACAAAGGAGCACACUUGUUUUUGCCAUCCUAUGUCAUGCGAGUACAUGGAGUUCGACAACAACGUGAGGCGGUUAAAAGGGCCCCCAGGAAACAACUAGAACCAGUUUUUGAGGCCUUAAAUACGCUCGGAAAUACCAAAUGGAGGAUAAAUAAGAAGGUCCUUAGUAUUGUAGAUAGAGUAUGGAGUGGUGGAGGCCGUCUUGCUGAUUUGGUGGAUCGUAAUGAUAUUCCUUUACCAGAGGAGCCAGAUACUGAAGAUGAAGCACUGCUUAGGAAAUGGAAGUGGAAGGUCAGAAAUGUGAAGAAAGAGAACAGGGAGAGACAUUCUCAGCGAUGUGACACGGAACUUAAACUUUCAGUAGCACGGAGAAUGAAAGAUGAGGAAGGUUUUUAUUACCCACACAAUCUUGAUUUUCGAGGGCGUGCAUACCCCAUGCAUCCAUACUUAAAUCAUCUUGGUUCAGAUCUGUGUCGAGGUAUUUUGGAGUUUGCAGAGGGACGUCCUCUUGGCAAGUCUGGCUUACGCUGGUUGAAGAUACACCUAGCUAAUCUUUAUGCUAAUGGUGUGGACAAAUUAUCUCAUGAAGGUCGAUUGGCUUUUACUGAGAACCACUUGGAUGAUAUAUUUGAUUCUGCAGACAGACCACUGGAAGGAAAACGUUGGUGGUUAAAGGCAGAAGAUCCUUUUCAGUGCUUGGCUGUUUGCAUGAAUCUUGCUGAAGCUUUAAGAAGCUCUUCCACAGAGACAUUUAUAUCACAUAUUCCUGUUCAUCAGGAUGGUUCUUGCAAUGGUUUACAGCAUUAUGCUGCACUUGGAAGAGACAAGUUGGGAGCAGCCGCUGUCAACCUGGUUGCAGGAGAGAAGCCUGCGGAUGUUUACUCAGGAAUAGCCGCUAGGGUAUUGGAUAUUGUGCGGAGAGAUGCCCAAAAGGAUCCUGCAAUAUUUCCUGAUGCUUUGCAUGCAAAGAUCUUAGUUAGCCAGGUGGAUAGGAAACUAGUAAAGCAAACAGUGAUGACAUCAGUAUAUGGUGUGACUUACAUUGGUGCUCGUGAUCAAAUCAAGAAAAGGCUGAAAGAACGAGGUGCAAUUGCAGAUGAAACACAGGCUUUUGGUGCUUCUUGUUAUGCUGCAAAGGUAACUUUAACUGCUUUAGGAGAGAUGUUUGAGGCUGCACGUGGUAUCAUGAACUGGCUUGGUGAAUGUGCUAAGGUUAUUGCAUCUGAAAAUGAGCCAGUAAGGUGGACAACUCCACUUGGCCUUCCUGUUGUGCAGCCUUACCGGAAAUUAGGAAGGCAUCUAGUCAAAACUUCCCUUCAGAUUUUAACUCUACAACGUGAAACUGAUCAGGUCAUGGUCAAGCGACAAAGGACGGCUUUCCCUCCAAAUUUUGUCCACUCCCUAGAUGGUUCUCAUAUGAUGAUGACUGCCGAUGCCUGCAGAAAUGCAGGCUUAAAUUUUGCAGGGGUUCAUGACUCAUAUUGGACACAUGCAUGUGAUGUUGAUGAAAUGAACAGGAUUCUUCGAGAAAAGUUUGUUGAACUUUAUGAAAAACCGAUACUAGAGAAUUUAUUGGAGAGCUUUCAACAAUCGUUCCCAACAUUGUCUUUUCCCCAUUUACCUGCGAGGGGAGAUUUUGAUCUACGUGAAGUUUUAGAGUCUCCUUAUUUCUUCAAUUGACUUCUUAUAAGAGCCUCCCUUUUCCUGAUAUGCAAGCAAGGCCAUGCUUCAGAAGAUCAAUUUUAUGACUGACAUGUAGCAUGUGAUUCGGCAUGGUGAAGGAAACUUGUCUGUGUCAGAAAACAUGACAAUUCUUGGAGACUUGCAGCACACGCCUGUAUAUAUAUGGAGAAAAGCAUCAACAGGAUCACCAUAUGGUAUGUAUAGCUUCGCUUGGUCCUAAACUCAGAUCUUGUGAUGCCCCUAUAGAGCGCAUUCAUGCAUUCAGUUGUGGUAGAAGUGUAGAGCUGAUACAUUGAAUGAGUCUUCUGAUCAAAAGCUCAGAGUUGAAAUUUUAUGUUACUUGAAGGGUCUUCACAGUUGAUUUUACAGAUUCACUUGGGGGACGUAGACGGUUGCGAGUGUGGGAUGAUGAUUGCUCUGUUAAAUGCUGCUGCAGGCUGUUAGGAAAAAAUUGCUGCCGUAAAAAAUGCAGUUUGAUUGCAAUCUGUAAUGAUAUUGUUAUUUACAAUUGUAACUCAAUUCAUCCAAGUCCCAAUGAUCAUGCCAUACAAAUGAAUAAGAAAGAAAUAUUAAGAUCA